UGAGGUCUUAUUAGAGGAGUCUGGAGCCGUUUGGGUACCUGGAGCACUUUGGAGGUCUUUGGUGCACAGAAGAUCAUUUUAUUUUUUGGAAGACCACAUAUUACUUGUGUUUUUAAACAGGUCUCACUAACCAGCUGUCAGUAUGCCCACUGAUGCCCAAGCCGACGCCCGCUCUUUUCUGAGCGAAGAAAUGAUUUCUGAGUUCAAGGCUGCCUUCGACAUGUUCGACACGGACGGCGGCGGUGAUAUCAGCACCAAAGAGUUGGGUACCGUGAUGAGGAUGUUGGGUCAGAAUCCAUCCAGAGAAGAGUUAGAUGCCAUCAUUGAAGAAGUUGAUGAAGAUGGCAGUGGCACUAUCGACUUUGAGGAGUUCUUGGUCAUGAUGGUACAUCAGCUAAAAGAAGACCAGGCUGGGAAGUCUGAAGAAGAGCUAUCUGAAUGCUUCCGCAUCUUUGACAAGAACCAAGAUGGUUUCAUUGAUCGUGAGGAGUUUGGAGAUAUUGUGCACGCCACUGGAGAGACAUUAACAGAAGAAGAAAUUGAUGAACUCAUGGCAGAUUCAGACACAAAUAAAGAUGGAAAGAUCGAUUUUGAUGAGUUUCUGAAAAUGAUGGAGAAUGUCCAAUAAAAUCAAUAUAACAUUCCGUCCCCUCCCAACCCAAAUGAUGUACCAGGAUAAGCCAUUCUGCAAUCUUUAAAGGAAAACAUGCUCAAGGAAAUUCAGUCCCCGGGUUUUAAUUGUUAACAGAACAAUGGAGUGGCAUUUGCUUUGAGAGUGAAGAUGGCGGAUCAGUACUGUCUUCUUGGAAAUGUCUCUCAAGGACUGGGUUGUGAAGGUGUCUAUAAAUAACCAUCCAGACCUUUUAGGAGACAACCUCCUACCCACCUAAAUCAUAAGCCGCCAGCUGUCUCAUUACACCAACUUCUUCCCAAGACCCCCUUCCAUUUUCUUCUGUAAUAAAAUGUGUUUCAAAGAAACCUUAGAACGUUUUGUUGUCAUGGCAAUAAGGAACCUCGGGUUAAAAUUGUCACACAAAUAGAAACACAUUACUUGU